UUUUGCUGACAGGCACUGGCUGGAGGUACGGCGACUAUACGGUUUAUUUCCUACUCCAAUCCUACACACAAAGAUGAAAGUGGCCAGUGUUGUGAAAGUCUUAGUACAACAGGAUGUGGCGCCAACGAGUGUGAUCCAUUCUUCAAAAUUUGUGUGGGAAUGCCGGGAAGCUCGGGGUGUGAUUUCGGCAAGGUGAAGACAGAAGUGAGUGAAAAUACGGACACCGUCCGGUUCGGAAACCAAAUCAGAAGCAUGCCGAAUCCCAUCGUAAAGACAUUCAGUAACUGGGGGACUGGGAUCAAUGUCAAGGUAGAUGUAGUUGACAAAGAUUCCACCAAUGUUUUCGGGAGCGAUGACGUGAUCGGGACCAUUGAUUACCAGAUCACAGGGCCGGUAGUCCAAAAUGGUGGAGUGCCACACUACACGGCCACAACCAUACGGGGAGGGGCAGCAGAAAUGGCGAUACAGUACAGCGUUGUUUGUGAUGAGAAUUACUAUGGCGACUGUUCAAUAUCCUGUAGACCACUACUACCAAAUUACAACUGUAGCAGCACAGGACAGAAGAUAUGUUUACCAGGGUGGGUUGGGGCCCAGUGUAACACACCAGAGAACUCCUGCGCGACCAAACCCUGUCAUAAUGGUGCUACCUGUACAGAUGUGCCGACCAACAACUACCAAUGUACCUGUUUAAAAGGGAAAGACCUGCGAAACGUUCGCAUUGCCUCAAAAUGUGAGGACAAAUAUUCUCACCUCCGCAACAACAGCUUUGAUUACGUCAUCGACUCCUACUACUCUUCUGUCAACGUUGUCAUCAACACAGAAACUAAACACGUCAUCAUCACAGGGACCAAUGAGUGUAACAACACCAAAAGGAUUGACGUCACCAACAUCACAGUUGCCUAUGAAUGCAACAACACCAAAAGGAUUGACGUCAUCAACACAUCAACUCGGCACGUCAUCAUCACAAAUACCAGUCUUGUCAACAACACAAAAAGGAUCGAGGUCAACAACACAACCUGUCAUCAGUAG